UGUUAAUUAUUUAGCUAUUAAUUAUUACUAUUACCGACUUGCUUAUCUAAUAACUAACGAAUACCAUAAAGAGUAUCAAAUAUUUCAUAAAUAUGGUUUCAAACAGACAUACAGAACUAACAGAUUUGAAAGCAUUUAUUUAUCGCAGUGAUAACGAAAUAACAAUGAUCUUGCAGAGCUUACAAUGGAAUCGGCAGUUUUUAGUUUCUAACGCUGAAAUGAAAACUUGUACUCACGAUACUGCACACAAAAUAUCUAGCAAAAAAUCUAAGGAACAUGAAGAGCAAUGCUGGUUAAGAAUCCAGGGUUACACUCCAGAGGAAAAGUUAUUGCCAGAACCGCUGAAUUCUAAUGCCAAUGCCAUUGUUAAACUAAAUUCAAAAGAUAUUAACUUUAUCAUCGAAAAUGCUUCUAAGACUGAUCCAGAGUUUAAAAGAGGCGACGUUUGGGAUGGUCCUGCACCACUAACCUUGGAGCGUUUGCAAGCAACAUAUACAGUAGACGAACGUCGUGCAAUAUAUGAUGCUGUUGUUGCAUCAGAUCCAACCAGCCAUGACAUUUCUGAUUUAGCAUUAAACAAUGUAAAUGAGGUGAAAACUGAAAAAAAGGCAAAAUCCCGCAUUGAAAUACUUUCGGAACUGCGUGACAUGCGGCGGCGUCGCACAAAAUAUCGCGUUGCUGCUAAAACGAAGAAGUACUCAGAUGUUUUACGUGACGUCAUUAGAACUCAAAUGGAGAUGUACACUGGAAUUCCUAAUGAACAGGAAACUGUAGAAAAAACAACCCAUGCUCAUAAGAUCCUGCAUGAUGACAUCAAAAGAGAAAGGAGUUCAUCGCUCGAAAGUCUCAACAGAAACAAACAAAUGUUUUCUUAUGAAAAUAAGUCAAGAGCUUCAGGAAGUUACACUACAAAUAAAAGAUAUGAAAGCAAGGGGAACACAUACUCUUCAAGGACAAAAAAGGAUAAUGUUGAAACAUAUAGAGGAGACAAAUAUAAUGAAAGGCAUAGUAGUAGACAUAAUGUUAAAGAUAAAAGUCAUUUAAAUUUGGAUAAUAGAAGAAAUAAUUUGAGAGAACAUGAGAGGAAUAGAUAUCGAGACAAAUUACAUGACAGUAAUAAACAUGAUUAUUAUAAAAGAGAAAAUAAGCACAAAAGAGGUAUGAAUGGUGAUGAAUCAAGAUGCAGAGAUGAAUCAAGAAAACCUAAGAAUAUUAGACAUAUUAAUAAUUUUAGACAAGAAUAUAAGAAUCACUAUGAGAAUACCUAUGCUGCGGGAAUACAUCAAACAAAGAUCAAAGCGGAACAUAAAAGUAAUGAGGAUAAAUAUGCAACCGGUUAUAACAGAACCUUAAAAAUUAACCCCAUUAAGAUAAAGGUUGAAAAGGAAUAAUCUAUGUUGAUUGUGAAAUUUGAAAAUAAAUACAACAAUUUUCA